AGAGAGUACGGGGGAAGCGAAGUCUCAGUCUGUGGUGAGGCUGCAGUGUUAUUACUGGAGGGGACUCGCCGCCAGGAAAAACCCAAAUUGUGCGGCUGGGUAUCUCCCCAAAGUUCGGGGGUCCUGUUUCUUGGUCAUGUCCGGAUUUUGUAAACCAACAGCCAAGAACUUCGAGAGCUUGACCUUGGACUCUGGCUAUGGAGGAACUGGCGGCUCGUGUGGAUGGUCCAGUCUGUCGCUGUCUCAUUCAGGAGGGACCUGGGGCUCGUUGUCCGGUUCAGCUGGGGAGAGAUACAUGGACAGUUGUGACAGCCUGGACACUGAGCUGCCUGAGAGCUCAGGAUUAGAGCUCCUGGACUGCUGGCCCAAACUGCCCGUUUUGGAGGAUGUCCCAUGGACCGAGGAAGAGUUGCAGGAGGUUCUGAGAAGGCGCCAGCCUGGGGAGUGCAGGCAGCCUAUUCCGGCUGACUUCCUUCAGAAACUCUCCAGGUACCUGAGCAGGGCGUUGGUCCGCAUCGCCAGAGAGGCGCAGAGGCUCAGCCUCCUCAUCGCCAAAUGCAGCAAACACGAAAUCCAAACUGCGGCCAAGCUGGUGCUGUCCUGGUCCCUCUCUGAAAGCUGCAUGGCUGCGGCGGUCCAGGCGCUGUCCGUGUACAACCUGAACUGCGGCGACCAACUCACCAGCAGCAAGAGUUCCCAGUGCAACCUGGUGUUCUCGGUUGGCCGCUUCUUUCGCUGGAUGGUGGACAGCAGACUGUCCAGCCGCAUCCAUGAGCACGCAGCCAUCUAUCUGACCGCCUGCAUGCAGAAUCUCCUGGAGGAGCUGCACAUGAAGCUGCCGGACAGCUUCCUAUCCCGAGGGAAGGAGUCACCUGAGGCAAUGGACAAGGCCCUGGAACAAAUGAUCAGCAACGACGCAGAUUUCUGGGGUUUGUUCCAAUCCUGCGAACACCUCAUCUGCGGCAGAAAUGCUUACGGUAUGCCUUGCAUUCCGAUCUACCUCAGCCUGUACACGGAACGCUUUCAAAGUGGAAGAUCGAUCCAAAGGCAGCUGUACAAUCACUUGGACCUCAAGAAUCUGGAGCAGAUUAUGCUGGCAACCUUUGUGGGCACUAUCGCUGAACUCAGUGACCUGGUCUCACAAGCAAUGUAUUACUUCCAUCAAUUUGGUGCAAAAUACCAUGGGAAGGGAUUUCAGCUCCAUUUCAAAAAGGGACCAUACUCCUGGGAGCCGGAGGCGCUUCAUGGGCUCUUUUACUAUAUGCACUGCCCUCAUCUGGAAUGGGAGAAUCCCAACACUGAGCCACCACACAUAAAACUGGGCAGUGAGAGACCAUAUGAGAUUCUCCCACCGGUGGUCGAGUGGAUCAGGGUAUGUAUUGCUCAGGCGGAUCACAGAUGCAGUCUCACAGUGGAUGUUGGUGACCUUCGGCAGGCGGCCAGGCUUCUACUUCCAGGUGUAGACUGUGAACCCCGACAACUCCGGAUUAACAGCAUUUUAUAUCCAUCCCGUGGACUGGACACUAAGGAGGCAGAACUGAAACUGAGACAGAACCUGGGUUUCCAGAUGUUGAACUCCGGUCGCACUGAUUUGGUGAAAGCAGCUGCUGCAUUGCUGGGACCAGAGGGACUCAAUACUCUUAGUGAGCAGGGAUUGACUCCACUGAUGUAUGCAGCGAGCAGUGGGGAUGAGGCCAUGGUUCAGGUCCUGCUAACCUCUGGAGCAGACAUUGAUAUUCAGGUGCCAGGUUAUUCUCAGCAGUGCCCAUCUGUCCAUACAGAGACUAGACACUGGACUGCUCUCACUUUUGCAGUUGCAUUUGGUCAUCUGUCAAUCACACAGUUGCUGUUGGAUGCUGAGGCCCAUGUCGAUGGCUGUGUUAGUGAAGGAAGUUGGUCUGAAACACCUCUACAGCUGGCAGCCGCAGCAGGUCACCUAGAUCUGGUCAGUUUGCUAUUGGCGAAAGGAGCUGAUCUCCUGGCUGGAUCCACUGGUAAAAAUGGAGUUACUGCAUCUCUGCAAGGGAUUACUAACCCCUUCAGUCAGGCUGCAGCCCAUGGACGCAGGAAUGUGUUACAGAAGCUUCUGUCACAGCCAGACACCCAAAAAAGUGACAUUAUGUCCUUGGAGGACAUCCUUGCUGAAGGGGCAGAGAUCAGCAACCAGCAGGCUCUGAAAUCUGGGGUAAAUCGCAGCAGUAAAGCUCAGAGGAAAGCUCUGCGUGAUGCCCUGAAUCAGAGUGCUGAACAUAAUUACCUUGACAUCACCAUUGAGUUACACAACCAUGGUGUUCUGUGGACUCUACAUUCCUGGCUGAAGUCCCUGGAAACCUCACUGAUCAAGCGACAGUGGACCAUAACUCUGAACUUGCUCAAGGACUUUGAUUCUGUGAAGGAUGUAUACAGUCAAGAAAUGAUCACCCAAGGACUCACCCUCAUGUUUGACAUAUUCCGCCUGAGCAAGAACAAUGCUAUUAUACGGCAGCUGGCGGCCAUCUUUAGCCAUUGCUAUGGGCCUUAUCCUAUCCCCGUGAUUCAGGAGAGUGGUGAGAAGAUCAAGGCUGCACCUGAUUCCACUUUACUGAAUCACCGAGAACAGUCAGAUAUCACAUUUCUGGUGGAAGGGAAACCAUUCUAUGGUCAUCGGGCAGUGCUGUCAGCUGCCUCAUCCCGGUUCAAAAAGCUUAUUGCAGCCUGCCCUCUUGCUGAUGCUAAGACCUGUAACCCCAUUGAGAUUAAGGAUGUCCAGUACAAUACAUUCAAGUGCAUGGUGCAGUAUAUUUAUGAUGGAGGGACAGAGAGACUUAACAUCAGUAAAAAUCAAGCCCUAGAGAUUCUUGCAGCCUCCAGCAAUUUCAAACUAAACCUUCUGGCACGCCACUGUGAGGUCAUCUGUUCAAGAAACUUGACACUUGCUAACAGCCCACAUAUAUACCAACAGGCCAAGGUUCUCAAGGCCAAUGAGCUGAUCGCCUACUGCAAUGGAUACUUCCUUAAGAACAUGUUGCCUUUAUUGGAACAGGACUCCUUUCAGCAACUGUUGCAGAGCCAGGCAGGGACAAAUCACAGUCUUCACACAGACCUACAGCAAACACUCGCAUUCAGGAUGCAGGCUGUGUACCAGCCUGCUGGCAAGGAAACAACAGUGUGAUUUUUAAACUUAAAAUGCGAGCUCAGGCUUUAAAGACAUUGCACUUUUUUUUCUAAAUUAGUGGAGUGCUGUGAAAGAGAUUAUGGUGUGUUUGAGAAGUUGAAUCAGAGUGAGUGUCCAACAUAUUUUAAUAAGCUAGUGUAUGAGUGGCUUGUUACUGAAAUAAAAGAACCUGUGAGUGCUUCCUCAAAAACAAAAUCUCUCUCUAUAUCCAUAUUUGUCUAAAUUACAGUCUAUCAACACUCUUCUUCAUACAUCAGAUCAGGGAAUAAUUUGUCAACACUUAACAAGUACCUAGCCCAUAUGCAGACUAAAGGAGUUCAGAGCCCAUCAUACUACCUAUAAUGAGCUCUAGUUUUCCUAUCUCAUCUUUGAGAUUCAUCAUGUCAUUAUUAGACAAUAAAGAUUCAUUCAUUUACCUCUUUGCAAGACCCACCCCCAUGGUUACCACUUCCCUACCAUCUGUCAUUUGGUCUUAUUUUCAGGGUGAUUUAUGUCUACAUCAAGGCCAAUUCUCCAGCUACAUGUCACCUACGGAAAGCUGUCUUCAUAAGUCAGUAUGCCCAUGGCCUGUGGGUAUCUAGUGAGUGAGGCUUCAGAUUGUAGAACACCUUCUGAGAAUUGUCCCUCUCAUGAAAUGAGGUAUCUCCAUCAUUCAUGGUCCAUGACAGACACCUCAGCCGAUGACAUCAGAAAUUCAAGUACUUAGGGCAGCAGAAUAAAAAAAACACUUGCUUGAAUUGGUCAACGUUUUAAAUUUAGCACCAAUAAUUUAGCAGCAUUUUAAAAUUGAACUUGCAUACAAUGAACUGAUGUUAGAGACUGGUUCAAAAUAUCUCAUGGCCUCAGUAAAGUUAUUUAGACACUGAAUAUAUCACUCAGCAAAGGUUUCUGUGGUAUUGGGACUCCCCACUUGCUUACAACAAUUAACUAAAGACUUAGUUUAUAAAGCACCUUUGACUUGCUUGGCUAAUUACUAAAGGAAGAGGAAGCAAAAUGCCUAUUUAUUAUUUAUGUGCAAUACUGAGUGUAAAUUAUUGUAUUCAAAUGUUUCUUUUUGCUUAAUUUAAUAUUCGGUGGAUUUUCAAUUUUGUAAAAAUGACUGACUGUGUUAACCUGGAAAAGAUUAAGUUGUCAAGAAUGGUAGAAAUAUAUAUUUUUAGUAGGAAUGAAGAUUGAAUGAAGGAUUCAAAAACUGUGAAUGUAUUUACAAUGCUGAAUGCAUUGACAUCUUUUUACACUGUGUGCCUUUUAUAAUUAAACACAGCUUGAUUCCA